UUCUGGCGCAGACUCGGCACAGCUCUCUGCCGUUGAGAUAUUGGUUGUACAGCCGGUGACAUUUGGCGUGGCUUUGAGCUACAUUUAUUAACUAAGGGCGACAUAUUAUUUAUUAAUUACCGAAUUUUAACCUUUUGUCGUUUCCCAAUAAAAAUGAGCACCAUUAACGUGAAGAAGCUCAAAGUUAACGAGCUGAAGGACGAGCUGAAAAAGCGAAAUCUCUCGGACAAGGGGCUGAAGGCCGAGCUGAUGGAUCGCCUGCAGGCCGCGCUGGACGAAGAGGCCCUCGCCGGGGACACCUCGGCGGCUCAGGAAGGCUCGGUAGAUGAUGGGUUCGACCAGUCUGUUGACCAAGAGGGAAUGGGAGAAGAAGAGGAAGGCGAAGGUGAAGGCCCAGUAGAGGAGAGCAUGGAAGCCAACGAGGAAGAAGCAGAGAAUGAGGACGACGGCAACGGCGUUGCCGAGGACGAAGAAAUGGGUGAGGGAGAAGACGGAGGGGACGGGGACGAGGACGAUGAAAUGGAUCCCAUGCUGAAGGCGGAUGUGGACGACAUGGAAAAAAUCGAAGAUGGUGAGCCCGGAGACAACGCUGCAGAGGGGGAUGCGGACAAAGACACGAAUGCUGAUCAGAAGAAUAAGAAGGGUGUUAAGAGACGCCGGGAGGAACAUGGAAGGGGCUACUUUGAGUUUAUUGAAGAGAACAAAUACAGCUGUGCCUCUUUUAAGUCUCCCGUACCACCGCUGGAGGAAGAAGAUGAAGAGUGUGAUGAGACCAAGGUCUGCUUGGACACCUAUAACUGUGACCUGCACUUUAAGGUGUCCCGUGACCGCUACAGUGCUUCAUCGCUCAUCAUGGAGAGCUUUGCUUAUCUGUGGUCUGGAGGAAAGGGAACCUAUGGGGUGAACUCUGGCAAAGCUUGCUUUGAGAUGAAGCUCACAGAGAAGAUUUCAGUGAAGCACAUUUCCAGCAAGAACUUGGAAAUCCAUGAUGUUCAGGUUGGAUGGUCCUUGUCAACUGGGACGCUGCUGCUGGGUGAGGAAGAGUUUUCCUAUGGUUACUCCUGCAAAGGGAAGAAGACCACCAACUGUGUGACUGAAGACUUUGGGGAAACAUAUGAGGAGAAUGACGUCAUCUGUUGCCUCAUUGACUUUGAGGGCGAGGAGUUGGUCCUGUCCUUCGCCAAGAACGGUGGGGAACCAGCCGUCGCUUUCAGGGUCCUCAAGGACUGCUUAAACGGCCAGGCUCUUUUCCCACAUGUCAUCUGUCGCAACUGCGCUGUGGAGUUUAAUUUUGGCCAGAUGGAGACGCCGUACUUCCCAACACCAGAGGGCUACACCUUCCUGCAGCAAAUCCCUGUCAGUGAGCGAGUGAGGGGGCUGAAGGGACCCCAGACUAAGGCCGAUUGCGAGAUCAUCGUUAUGGUUGGUCUGCCUGGCUCUGGCAAAACUACAUGGGUCAAGAACCAAGUCCAGCAGAACCCUGGGAAAUACUACAUCCUGAGCAGUGACACCAUUGUGGACAAGAUGAUGAUCAACAGUUUGAAACGCCAGUCCAAGGAUAUCACCAAGCUGAGUGCUAUUUCCCAAAGAGCUCCACUGUUCCUGGGCAAAUUCAUUGAGAUCGCUGCUCGCAAGAAGAGGAACUACAUUCUGGAUCAUACUAACUUGUCCGCACCGGGCCAGAAGAGGAAGAUGUGUCUGUUUGCUGGGUUCCAGCGCAAGGCUGUGGUCGUCUUCCCCACAGAUGAGGAAUACAAGAUGAGGGUCCAGAAGAAGGUUGAGAGUGAUGGCAAGGAAGUGCCUGAGCAUGCACUGCUCAAAAUGAAAGGGUUCUACGCCCUGCCGGAAGAAGGGGAGAGCUUCAACGAGGUGACGUAUGCUGAGCUGCCAAAGGAUGAUGCUGCCAAGCUGCUGGAGCAGUACAAAGAGGAGAGCAAGACUGCCCUGCCUGCUGAGAAGAAACCCAACCAAGGGAGCACGACUCCGAAAAGAGGCGGCAGCGGAGGAGGAGGCCCUCGUGGCAGCGGCCGGGGAGGCAAGAAUCAGUUUGGACGCAGUGGACAGGGACAAAGGGGCGGACGUGGAGGCUUCCAGAACAGAGGCAAUUUCAGAGGAGGCCCUGGCCCACGUGGCGGCUUCAACCGUCCUCCUCGCGGCUUUCUUCCUCCACCAGCCUUCAGGGGUGGCUUUCCCCGGCCCGGUAGCUUCGGACGGGGUGGCGGCCCCAUCCCCAGCCUGGCCGGAUCCCCAAGAGGUGGACCCAUGAGGGGCGGCAUGGGACUCCGAGGAGGGCCCAUGAACCGCGGCGGCCAGAUGAACAGAGGAGGUCAAAUGAGCCGAGGGGGUCAGAUGAACAGAGGUGGAGGCAACAUGAACCGCAACGCCAACAGGGGGCCCCCCGCCCACUUCCAGCAGAGAGGAGGCGGCCGUGGAAACUUUGGGCAGAAGAACAGCAACUAUGGCAACAACAGGAACAGCGGGGGCUUUGGCAACAGGAACGGCAUGGACAAGGCUCAGGCCUUCAACCAGAGCUGGCAGCAAGGGUUCUGGAACCAGAAACCUUGGAGCCAGCAGUACCAGCCUGGAUAUUACUAAGACAGUUGUUCUUAUGGACUGGUGGCUGACACUGAGAACCCACCACUAGCCACGGAACAUCCCCUCUCUCCCUCCCGCCUUUACUGUUUGACUUUGUUCCCCUAAAACCCACUUUUAAAGGUCGAAAACCCACCAACUUCCAAAACAGCGCGAGACGAUUUGAUCUGGAUCCAGAACAUUCCACCAGAGGAGAGCAGGAAGCAGAAAACGUAAUCAGAGCUUUAUAAAGUAUAUUUGAUUGUGGGUUCUGUCUCAUUCAGACACUGUUUGGGUAUUUUUUAUUUUAUUUUCUUUGUUGUACAUUUAAAAAAAAAAGUCCCCCCUGUUCAACCACUUUUUAAAUGACAUGCUUUUAGAAAAAAUUGUUUGUAAAAUCAGGAACAGGAAACAGAAGUGGGGCGAUUUCUGAUUUUUUUUAUUUUAUUUUUUUUUUCCCAUUUGUUGUUCUUCAGGGUUGUGCAUUUUAUCUGUGCUGUGAUUGCUUUGAUUUGCUUUUUUAUUACAAAUUGUAAAUAUUUUUUUUCUCUGUAGCUUGUCAGACUGUAAGAAAUGUGACGAUUGACAUAAACAGGAAAGCAGGACAGCUUCUGUUAGUAGACUGUUCAUGUCAGCGCUUUAAUGUUCAACAGUUAAACAGACGAUGGUAGAUUAAUGAUUUUUUUUUCUUUAUUUGUUCCCACCAUCAAACUUGUAAUAUCAUAGACCUACAAUAAACUACUUGUUUGCUUUUUUUACAUUCA